AUGACGGACCUCACCGAUAUUACCAAUUUAUUGUCAAAAACCAAAGUCCAGCAACUAAAUGAAGUUGACUUUAGUAACAAGGGCUUGAAACUAAAUAACGGCGAAGACGCCUCUGAAGUUGUUAACGCAAUCAAACAAUGCAAAGAUUUGCAAGCCCUACGCCUUAGCGGAAAUACCAUCGGUGUCGAAGCUGCUGUGGUGAUAGCUGAUGCGUUGAAAGAUCGCAAGGAACUGGAAAGAGCCUAUUGGAGUGAUAUAUUCACCGGUAGAUUACGAUCUGAAAUACCCCUAGCACUGGAAAGCUUGAGCAAGGCUGUGUUUACUGCUCAGGCCUCAUUGGUUGAAAUAGACCUAAGUGACAAUGCUUUUGGUCCUGAUGGGAUAAAUGCUGUCAAGUCAUUGCUUUCUGGCAGACCCGGUUAUACCAUUAAAACGUUGAAGUUAAAUAACAAUGGUUUAGGCCCAAAUGGUGGCAAGAUUCUAGCGGCUGCCCUGCGUGAAUGUUACAAAAACAGCGGUGAUAAGUUCUCUUUAAAGACAUUCAUUUGUGGUCGUAACAGACUGGAAAUUGCUGGAUCUGAAGCCUUGGCGUCUGCUUUUAAAAUCAUCGGAACUCUUGAGGACGUUUCUAUGCCUCAAAAUGGUAUUAAAUCGGAGGGCAUCGUGCCGCUAGUCUGUGCACUGGCUUGCAAUAAAUCCCUAAAAAGAUUGAAUCUUAAUGAUAAUAUAUUUAGUCAAGAUGGAAGUAAGGCAUUGGCUGAAGUAAGUUUAUUUUGUAACUGGUUUUGCGAGAAGCACUGUCGCAAGGCAAUGGCUAAUUGGCCAUACUUGCAGUAUCUAAACGUCGGAGAUUGCCUACUAGGAAGCGAUGGAGCAAUAGCUAUUGCUAACGUAAUAGAAAAACAUAACCCGAAUUUACAGGAAGUUUUAGUAGAUUCCAAUGAUAUAGAAACUGAUGCUGCUAUCAAGUUAGCGACAGCUUUGAAGAACUGCUCCUCUCUACAGAAGUUAGAUAUAAAUGGUAUAGAAGAACUGAAACAUUGUAUAGAGGGAUCUGUUGUUGCAGAUAGUUUAUGUUCCCUCAGCGAUGAUGAAGGAUUACUAGAUGAAGCAGAAGAUGAUUCUGAUGCAAGUGACGCGGAAGAGGAACCUGGUGAUGAUACAACCGGAAAGUUAAUUGAAGAUAGUGAGCUACAUGUAACAGGAAAGAGUGUGACACCAGAUGCAUCACCACGUUCUUUAAAUACACACCAGGACUUCUCUGAUUACGAAGAAAUAUCCGAAGAUAAGAAAUUUAGAUGCGUGGUAGAUGAUUUAAAUGGGCCAAUGAUUGCUCUUCGAUACGUUGCGAAACAAAGCUACUUUCCUAAGCAAAUUAUACCUAUUUUGAAAGCUUUUAUAAAUAAGCCAAAUGAAAAGCUGGAUAAAUGUGGCGAAUCUAAGCAUCUUCUUAUGCAAACUUUAUUCCAGCCUAAAUCACCAAAAUGUGUUUAG